UGGUGGGAGGGGCUCAGCUGACAUCCAUUUGGCCCGGAGCGGUAACUUGAACCGGCCGAGGGGGGAGGCGAUUGCAACCUGCCGGAGAUUCUCCCCUCUGUAGCUUUUCCUCCUCUCUCUGCCCCGCAGCAGUCGACCCCUGGGGUCCCGGGGUAAGGGGGUUGUCCCGGGCCUGCCCCCCUCCCCAACCCACCCCCUCCCGGACCCUGCUGGGUUUUUCCACGCCCCCUCGCUGCCCUCCCCGUGGGCCUGGGUGGCAGGAGAGUGGACCAGGCUCCUCCCUUUCCCCCUCCCUAUUUUUCCUCCCCUUUUCCCCUCCUCCUCCUCCUCCUGCUUUGGGUAGGUGGGGCUCCGUGUCUCCGGUUAAUGUUCCCUGCGCCUUCCCCCUGGUCGGGUCUGGAGCUUCCCGGGUGCGUUUCCCGGGAAUCACGGAGCCGGCCGGGGAAGGGUGACUGGCCCCGGAGGUCACCUGGGGCUGGCAGCAGCAGCCCGGGGGAGAAGGGUCCCUCUCUUGCCCGGACCCCCAUCCCUCUCCCGGGGUCGCACGGUGUGGCCAAGGGCCGGGGCUUGGAGAGGGGGUGGUGGGCAUCUGUGCCAACGGGUCGCCGAGCGUUCGGGGCCCGGGGCGCUCCGAGGACCAGACGUGCUGGUGGGGGGCACCGGGCCAGGGUCGUCUUAGGUGUCCGUCCCCCCUCGGCGGAGAUGAGGCGGUGACCCGGGCGAGGGGCGCACCAUGGCCCAGCCCCCGUCGGACGGGCCGGGCCGGGAGGACCUGAGCCAGGUGCCCGACGAGGAGCUCCUGCGCUGGGGCAAGGAGGAGCUGGCCCGCCGGCUGCGGAGGGCCGAGGGGGACCGGCUGGCCCUGAUGGUGGAGCACGGCAACCUGAUGCGCGACGUCAACCGCCGGCUGCAGCUGCACCUGCACGAGAUCCGCGGGCUGAAGGAGGUCAACCGGCGGCUGCAAGACGACAACCACGAGCUGCGGGAGCUCUGCUGCUUCCUCGACGACGACCGCCAGAAGGGCCGCAGGGUGGGCCGCGAGUGGCAGCGCUUCGGGCGGCAGGCGGCCGGGGCCCUGUGGCGGGAGGUGGCCCUCUCCCAGCGCAAGCUGCGGGAGCUGGAGGACCGCCAGCAGGACCUGCUGCGGGAGAACCAGGAGCUCAAGGAGAUCGUGCUCAUGCUGGACGAGGAGCGAGGAGGAGGAGCGGGGGGAGGAGGAGGAGGAGGAGGAGGGGAAGGAGGAGGAGGCUCCCGCAGCUCCCUGGACAGCCAGGCCAGCCUCGGGGGCCCCCUGCCCGGCGGCGGGGGUGCGGGCCGGGCUGCGGGCGGGGGCCCCCGGGACGUGGGCGAUGGCAGCAGCACGUCCAGCGCGGGCAGCGCCGGCAGCCCCGACCACCACCACCCUCACCACCUGCUGCUGCACCACCUGCCCCCGCCCGCCCCGUCGCAGCCGCCGCCGGCCCCCCAGCUCCAGGCGGCCCCCCCCGGGAAGGCCACCCCCACGAGGCGGUCCCUCGACGACCUGUCCGCCCCCCCGCAUCACAGGAGCAUCCCCAGCGGGCUCAACGAUUCAUCUUCGAACUACAUCCGACAACUGGAAACUAAAGUCAAGUUGCUGGAAGACAACAACAAACUGCUCUCUCAGCAGUCCGUGUCCGGGGAUUUGAGGACUCUCCGGAAGGGGCUCUCCCCGUACCACUCCGAGUCCCAGCUGUCAGCGCUGCCUCAGUACCAGGACGCCCUGCACAACGGUCCCGCCCGUGGGCCUGCGGACCUUCCCUCCUCCCCGGCUACGGGCUAUGGGCCAGCGGCCCAGAAACCGGAAGCGGUAGUGCACGCCAUGAAGGUCCUGGAAGUCCACGAAAAUCUGGACCGGCAGCUGCAAGACAGCUAUGAGGAAGACCUGAGCGAAAAGGAGAAAGCGAUCGUCCGUGAGAUGUGCAAUGUCGUCUGGAGGAAGCUGGGCGACGCGGCGAGCUCCAAACCCUCAAUCCGCCAGCACCUUUCGGGGAACCAGUUUAAGGGGCCGCUGUGAGGACGUCGCUCUGAGGACUGACCGGGUGUGACCUCUCAGGGUCCCGGAGGGGCCACGGGGGAAGGGCUCCCCCGGCCCGGCUUCCCUCUCACCGCCGGCUGGACACCGUGGGAUCCUGCUACGGACAUUGCUCGGACGGACCGCCCUCCGAUGACCUCGGAGCAGGAACCCGGCUACUGCCCGGCACGCCGAGGGGCAGGGGGAGCAGAUCGGGGACACGGCCUGGCCCCCCCUCGGGCCUCUCUCCCGCUUGGAUCAACCGUGUGCACCCAGAGCCGUCGGAGGGCACCGGGGCUUCUGCAAAGCUGCAAAGCAGGCGGUUAAAACCAGACACGCACGGUCCCAUUCCACUGCCGUAGCGGACCGGCCUCCUCCCCCAACCUUCCGAUCUCUCCUUUGGCCUUUCCGGCUGCCCCGGAGGGCUUCAGGAAAUGCCAGGGAGGAUGAGGCCACGGCAGCGGGCGACGCCCCAGAAUCCGCAGCCCAGAAGAGGCCUCCUGGGGUAAUCUGAGCCAUCCCCCUGCUCCUGGGCAGGCCUGCUCUUCAAGCAACCCCAGAGAGAGAACUGUAAGACCCUCCUUCCACCUGGCCCCGGGAGUGCCACCCCGUCCCCCACACUUAGGAAAUGUGUUUGCGGCUUUUCUCUCUUAUUCCUUUUUCUGGAAAGAAAUGCUGGGUGGUAGCGCUAGUGUGAGCCCAGCAACUUCCUGUGUCCCCGAGCUCUGGGCCAGGUACCCGAGGACACUGUUCCAUGCAGAACCUGUCGCUGAAAAGAAAGGAUCUCCCAUCCUGUUCCUAUGGCUGAUGCUACCGGUCAGCUCUGAGAGCGCCUCUCUUUAGUAUGAGAUGGCCGUUCCCUUCCGCUGGGCUUCGUCAGAAUGUCCCAAGCAGGUGCCCUCCCUUCCCACCACUUCUGGCUGGCAGCUUCAGAGCUCCCACCCCACCCAAAUGGAAAGCCACCCGCCUCAGGUGUGCAGAGGCCGGCAGAGCUGACCCGGGCUGCCGUCGAAGCUUUAUUUUAAAUGAAAGAGGCCGAAAAGAAUGGUUUGUCCUCCCUUCGCCGCCGCCACCGGCCGAGCCACCAGCCAGGCACCUCACACGAUGGAUGUGUGUCCUGCGUCUGCUAGGUCGUCACUGGUGGCCUCUGAGCUCCUCACGCCCGCCGCCGGGCACCUUCCUUCCUCACACGAUCCUUGACGGGAGCUCUUUCCGUGGGGGGAAAAGGUUCCUGGGCAAAUCAGAUCCCGAGAGGCUCUCCCCCUAACCCUGGCCUUUCUCUUACCUCUCUAGUAGCCAGACUUCCAGUCAGAACCAACUCAGUCCCCCGAAGAGCUCAUGAGCCUUCAAACGGGGGCAGCCAAAACCGCGGCAGCCAGAAGCGGGCCUCUUUCGCGGCCUAGCUUCCUCCGAAGCCAAGCCCCUCUGGGAACCGGCUCUGAAUCCUCCCGGUGGGAGCCUCGAGGCCUUUCAGCGGAGUAGGAGGGUGGCCGGCUCCCUUACUGAAGCCAGAACUCACAAGGGGCCAGAGAAAGAGAAGCCGGAGGAGAGGUAGCGUGGGCUGGAAGGAGGGGCCUCUUCCUGGAGGUCACUCACGUCCAGCACCCCGAUCCUGUUCUCCCUGGCACGGGAGUGGGAUUAAGAGGCACGUGAUUUCACUGUGCUGGGAUCGGCACUUUACUAUCGCUGGGCUCUAGCCCCGAUCUCACCCCUGCCGCCAUCCCUUCCCCACCUCUUUCCCAAUUUCCCCGUUCGAACCGUGCCCUCGGUUAACCCAUGGCAGAGAAGAUAAUAAUAAUAAUAAUAAUAAUGUUGGUAUUUGUUAAGCGCUUACU